AUGCUGCCAUUUUAUCAGAUACUUGAGUUCAGCGAAUCUCAGAGAAAAGAAGCUCAAAGGAAGUCAAAAAGGCUGAAAGAGAUAGUGUUUCACCUUCCAGUGCCAAAUUCAAAGAGCCGGGUUUCCAAGAGUGCGGGGCGGUCGGCGGGUCAGGGCAGCCCGGGGCCUGGCCCCGUGUCCCGGAGCCUGCGCACCGCGCUUAUUUUCGGCAGCUUCAUCUCCCUGAUCGGCGCCGCCUUCUAUCCCAUCUACUUCCGGCCCCUAAUGAGAUUGGAGGAGUACAAGAAGGAACAAGCUAUAAAUCGGGCUGGAAUUGUUCAAGAGGAUGUGCAGCCACCAGGGUUAAAAGUGUGGUCUGAUCCAUUUGGCAGGAAAUGAGAGGGCCGUCACCAGCUCUGAUUAAGAAAGGAGAUUUCUUCAUGCUUUCGA